GUACUCAGAACAACAAACCAGUGAUAAGCUUAUGGUCCAUCAUCAUAUCAGGUCAAAGAUGAUUGAACCACAGGACUGCGACGACAGUGAUGAACAUGAAGCCGUUCCAUUACCAACCCUACCCCCUAUGCCACGAGAUCGGAUCCCGUUGCAGAAGAGCAACGUGUGCUCCCGCUCUUACUUCAUGGUGGUGAUGGUCUUUUUCCAUUUAUACAUCAUCAAUGUCAUUGCGCUACUCCUCUACGUGCACUACAACAACAGCCCUGGAGAGGUACUGGCCACCCCGAACAGGGACGAGGCAAGCGGUGGAAGCAAUCAUCACAAGCCCCCCGAGUUCAAUCAGCAACAGUCAGAUUCUGGCUUUAAGCAGGACAUGUACCUUCCACGACUAGAGGGCAUACGGGUGAGUUAACGCCUCGAUCUCACCAACAGUGUUUUGCAUUUUUGCCUUGCAGAGGCAGUUGUAAUGCGUUCUGUGUGGUGCAUACGUUAGAUUUAUCGAACGUAAGCGUCAAACUGUAUGCAUAGACGGCUUGACAGAAAUGGUAGCAGAAGGUGAAUGUUGAACUUUUGUUGCACACAUAUCCAGAUGAUGCUGCGUAGUAACACUAUCGGUGUGAUCAAGGCGUAAGGAUGCCUGUGUAGUUCUGUGUCUGUUUAGCCCAGAGCUUAAUCUUACAGACAGUAGUAGUCUAAGGUUCAGCGGUGGGCUAGUGUCUGUUGUGCUAUUCUUCUAUAUGAAUGGUGUGUUCCAUGUCAUCUUGAUGGUGUGAAGUUAUAGUCAGUGUUAUUUUCUCUCAGGUGGGCCAUGUCCAGAAGGUAUCACUGGUGCCAGGCAAUGUGCAUGAGAUGCGGACCCUGAGUCUGAAGCCCCUGCUGUUUGGUGAGAGCUCUUGCUACUAAACCUCUGCUCUGCAUUGCACCCCUCUACACCAAGCUAGUGGCUGAUGCUGUCGUUCCUCUCCAAGGUUCUGUGUUUACAUUGUGUAUGAAGCUUAAUGUAUGUGUGUGUGUGUGUGUGUGUGUUUGUGUGUGCGAGUGUGCAUUCAUACGUGCAUCUGUGUUUGUGUAAGUGUGUGCGUGCGUGCACUCAUACGUGUGUUUGGGUGCGUGCAGGCGUUCAAACGGGUGUUUACGAUGUGUCUCUCUCUCCAGAGAUCCCAGGGUUCCUGUCUGAAGAGGAGUGUCGUGUGGUGGUGCAGCUGGCCCAGCUGAAGGGCCUGAUGGAGAGCCAAGUGAUGGUGCCUGAGGGACAGGAGGAGCUGACGGAGCAGCUCAACCUCAGCCCAGAGGAGAUCUUCAACCUGCUGGACCUCAACCAGGAUGGACAGCUACAACUCCAGGAGGUGUGUGGGUGGGCAAGCGAGCAUGUGUGUCUGUGAGCAGAGUGAAGUAAGUAAGUAGCCUUGCACAAAUGCGAGCCGGAACGGCUCAUAGGAGCAGGAGCCUAUAUCCUGUUUCUGUAGCGUGAGGUUGUUUGAUUUACAAGUACACCCCCUGGACAGGACGCUAGUCUAUCGUAGGGCCUCAACCCCAAUCUAUCCCAAUCCAUCUCCUAACACUAGAACCGCAAAAGCAGUCAUUUUGACUGCUCAUGAAUAAAAAUAUAUAUUACUCUGCCAUUUUUAAAGUCAUGCCCCCCUUCGUCCUUGACUUUUUCUAAAUAAGUCUAUAUAACACACAGCCGUUGUUAAAAUCUUAAAAUCACAAACAGAACUGGAGUUAGAACUAGUUUUAGGAGGGCAUGUCAUUUUUUUGAAUUAUUUUCCCCAGUUGCCUCCUUCUCCUGACAGUGGAAGGUGCUGUGCCAAGUUGAUAAUCACCUCGAUAAUUGCCUCGCAACUGAACCUAAACUAUACCAAAAGUAAUUUCACACAAAUAACAACAGAUUAAAUAAAUGAAGUAAAGUAUGAUGGGGGAGAAUGGGUGAGUUGAUGAGUGAGGGGAAUAAUUAUGUAAUCACCAAUUGUCAAUGAAGAACAGGGCGGGCCAUUCUAUUGUAUUGAUCCAUUCUAAUUCUAAUCUCAAAAUGGUAUGUACCCUAUAUCAGUCCUACAAAUCCAAGCAGUUUUAUCAGUCUACUCUGGCCUACUUGGAGUACACAAUGAGAGCAUGCCUAAUUUACAAUGGCAAGAAGAACAAAACUUUCUUUGGAGAAACCAUGUCAUGGGAUCGGUUCAGCGCUACCUCCGUUUUUAUGACAAAGAAACAAGAACACGACGCCUGGAAACAGACAUUCCCAAUGGUAUCCAACAUUUAGAACAAGUUUGUACAGAACCGCAUUACAUGUUACAAACCAGGAGAGGACAUCCCUGUUGAUGAACAAUUGUCUGCACAACCCCCGGGGAGGAGACAGUGCCAGGUGGCCAGAUGCACUAAGAACAGAACCCAAGACACCUGUGUUGCCUGCAAGCGACGUGUUUGUGGUACGCGUGUCAAGCAAGUGAAAGUGGCAAAGAUUUGUGUCGACUGUUAGGACAAGCGAUAACAGCGAAAUGAAAUCCAACUGAUGCCACUGCGUGAAGACGCCAUGUAAGCAAGAGCUGACAAUAAUUGAUAAUUUUUUACUGCUGUCAUAUCGACACUUAUAUUCAUUAUAAUGCCAUUAUUGCUUUUGUGCUGAUUUUCACCAUCCAUCACGCACACUUGGCACUUAUAAUGAUGUUUAGGCUACUGAUGUUUUCAUAAUUUGACCGCGCCUCUUGCUGAUCGUGCUUCUUUAAUUUUGUCGUUAUAAAAAUCAGCGGUUACCGUGUUCCAGCACAUAUGCUUUCUCUUUCAUUAUUGUAACAAAGGCACUCCACGAAUAAAAUUGAACACGUAAAUGUUUUUGUUUUUACAUUAAAAGUAACAACUUACAGUAACAUAAACUAAUGAAAAUGCUAUUGUGUUAUAAAGAAAAGUAUUAUAAUGUUGCCUUUGACCUUCAUAAACACAACCAAAUGAUUAUUUAUGUGAUAGCGUAUAUGCCAUGUAUUAAUUAUACUGUUAGAGUGUUGGAGUCAGAAUGACUGCUUAUUAGCUUGAAGGGGGAUCCCUCGAGGCCCAGCGGUUCUAGUGUUAAUGCUGAGUGCUAAGCAGAGACUCAUCGGGUCCCAUUCUUUAACAGUCUUUGGUAUGACUCGGCCAGGGAACGAACUCCUGAACCUUCCAAUCUCAGGGCGGACACUCUAACGACAAGGCCACUGAGUGGAGUGAACAUGCAUCAUUAAUCAUAGUGUGGUGGUACUGGGGCAGCAAAAUAUCAAUUUAUUUUGUUCCUUUAUAAUGGAUCAAUAAAUAUGUAUUGUAUUCUCUUCUAUAUGUGUGUGUAAUGUGUGAUUUAUGCAUGUUCCUGGGCCUUCUACAGAUAUUGACACAUUCACGAGUGAGGGAUGGGAUCUGGCUGACACCAGAGAAUCUGAGAGAGAUCUAUGCUGGACUGAAGGCUGACCCUGACAGUAACGGUAAGAGACUGUCAUUCUCAACACGGGCCUCUUUGUGAUAGUUAGGCCCCUCUGUCUCUGUGCAUACAGAGCUAAUCUUUUCAUGCUGCUCAUAUUGGAUAUCUGUGUCAGUAUAUGACCCCUGUAUCUGUAUGACCCACUUUGUGGCUGUAAGUGACUCUUAUCUUUGUGUCUGUGUUAGGCUUACUGAGCCUGGAGGAGUUCAGGCGUCUGGGCAGUGAUGCGUUCCAGCGGUUCUUGCAGCAGCGCGGGGUGAAGAGCAGCCAGCUGGUCAGGAACAGCAGGCACACCUGGCUGUACCAGGGACAGGGGGCACACCAGGUUCUCCGAGACCUCAAGAAGAGGUGAGGAGAGCGUCAUUGUCAACUGUUGCCCUGGCCUCUGCACUGGCCACUCUCUCUGCUGACCCCUCUCUCUCCUCUCUAUCCUUUAUUCCCUCUGUUAUGGGACUAUUCCAUGUUUUUAUUGACGUCUCGUUUUGUAUGGAAAAGAGUGGUGGGAUUUUAGUGAUAUUGUUCGCAUCGCAUGUGUAUAUUUUUGUAUUUUAUUAGGAUCCCCAUUAGCUGUUGCAAAAGCAGCAGCUACUCUUCCUGGGGUCCACACAAAACAUGAAACAUGACAUAAUACAGAACAUUAAUAGACAAGAACAGCUCAAGGACAGAACUACAUACAUUUAAAGCGUCACACAUAGCCUACAUAUCAAUACAUACACACAAAAUAACUAGGUCAAAUAGGGGAGAGGCGUUGUGCCGUGAGGUGUUGCUUUAUCUGUUUUUAGAGAAAAACAAUGGCAUAGAGGAAUUCUUUUUCCAAAUGUGGACAAAGCCAAGUACUGUAUGUUCAAACACAUGAAUAAACGGUUGGAGUAAACACCAUGACCAAGGUUAUCAGAAUCUGAUGUUAAGGACUUUUGUCCCUCUUUCUCCCCCUCCGUUUGUCCUCCAUAGGGUGGCCCGUCUGACCCGGCUGCCCUCUGCUUUGGUGGACCUGAGUGAGCCCCUCCAGGUGGUACGUUAUGAGCAGGGGGGUCACUACCACGCCCACCACGACAGCGGCCCUGUCUACCCUGAGACCGCCUGCACACACACACGCCUCGCUGCCAACACCUCCACACCCUUUGAGACCUCCUGCAGGUGAGAGAGAGCUGUGUUGAGUCAGCCAAUGCCUUGUCCUUGGCCUUGUUUUGAUAAUACUGUAUAUGGGAGAGUCAGGUUAGAUAUCAUUCAGAUUAAGAUGGUUAGAUUGAGUGUUAUUGUGUGAUAAUGUAGUGUAACGUCUGUGUACGUUAGGUGGAUGUGUUUGUGAUAGACUGUGGUGUAUGGCUUUUGUGUAACUUAGCUCAUAUCAAUAUGUCAGGUAGUUUGUGACUAAGGCUUACAUUUCCUUGGUGUGGUUGGUCUGUGUGUGUAUGUGUGUUCCAGUAUGUGUGUGUAUUAAAUGUGUGUGUUGCACACCCAGGUACAUCACAGUUCUCUUCUACCUGAACUCUGUUGAGGGGGGCGGGGAGACCGCGUUCCCUGUGGCAGACAACAGGACCUAUGAGGAAGUGGUGCGUUAUUGUCUGUGUGCCUCUGUGUGUGUGUUCUUGUAUGUUUAUAGUAGGGUUUGGAAUUGCCACGGACCUCACGUUCCGUUAUUAUCACGAUACUUAGGUGCCGCUACGAUAUGUAUUGCGAUUCUCACGAUUCUAUAUGGAUUGCAAUUCGAUACUUUGAUUUUAUUGCGAUUCAAUGUUCCAAACAUAUUGCUAACCAUAUGUCUGCUGCAGAGGGACGAGACAGCAUGAGAAAACACGUUUUGAUCAGUCAUGGAAAUAAAAGUGCUGAAAACAAAUUGGCAGGUAUAGCCAACUAGUGCAAAAAUAAUAUUGUGAUAUUGUCAAAACAAUACGAUAUAUCGUAAAAAAUAAUAUCCCGAUAUUUAACUGUAUCAAUUUCUUCCCCCCAUCACUAGUUUCUAUAUCUAUAUUAAACAUUUGCAUGUUUGUCGGUGUAUAGGUAUGUGUAUCGAUAUGUUUUUCUCAACGGUAUUAAUGAGUGAUUGUGUUUGUGUUUUCAGUCUCUGAUCCAGAACAAUGUGGAUCUGAUGGACACAAGGAAGAACUGUGAUAGGAGCAACCUGAGGGUAAAGCCUAUUAAAGGGACAGCCGUGUUCUGGUACAACUACCUUUCUGACGGACAAGGUACAGACUGUACACAGUACUCCCUCACACAUAGCACGACCCUUCUAUACUGAACAAAAAUAUAAACGCAACAUGUAUAGUGUUGGUCCAAUGUUUAGUGAGCUGAAAUGAAAGAUCCCAGAAAUGUUCCAUAUGCACAAAAAGCUUAUUUCUCUCAAAUUUUGUUCACACAUUUGUUUACAUCAAUGUUAGUGAGCAUUUCUCCUUUGCCAAGAUAAUCCAUCCACCUGAAAGGUGUGGCAUAUCAAGAAGCUGAUUAAACAGCAUGAUCAUUACACAGGUGCACCUUGUGCUGGGGACAAUAAAAGGCCACUCUAAAAUGUGCAGUUUUGUCACACAGCACAAUGCCACAGAUGUCUCAAGUUGUGAGGGAGCGUGCAAUCGGCAUGCUGACUGCAGGAAUGUCCACCAGAGCUGUUGCCAAAUAAUACGUUCAUUUCUCUACCAUAAGCCUCCUCCAACCUCGUUUUAGAGAAUUUGGCAGUACGUCCAACCGGUCUCACAACCGCAGACCACGUGUAACCACGCCAGCCCAGGACCUCCACAUCCGGCUUCUUUACCUGCGGCAUCGUCUGACAUCAGCCACCCAGACAGCUGAUAAAACUGAGGAGUAUUUCUGUCUGUAAUAAAGCUAUUUUGUGGGGAAAAACUCAUUCUGAUUGGCUGGGCCUGGCUCCCCAGUGGGUGGGCCUGGCUCCCAAGUGGGUGGGCCUAUGCACUCCCAGGCCCACCCAUGGAUGCGCCCCUGCCCAGUCAUGUGAAAUCCAUAGAUUAGGGCCUAAUUUAUUUAUUUCAAUUGACUGAUUUCCUUAUAAUGAACUGUAACUAACAAUAAAAUCAUUGAAAUUGUUGCAGGUUGCGUUUAUAUUUUUGUUCAGUAUAUAAACACACUACUAUAGCUUAAUUACUGCCCCUCAGACAGGAUGCACAACUUAUUGUACACACAUAGUCAUUGACCCCAUUUCAUUCAUUCACUGCUGCUCAGGUCCUUAUUUAAAAACUGAAGCCUUUGUAGUUUUGAUGAAGGUUAGGCCCACUGUUGUAGAAACACACUGAAAGAGAUUCCGCCUACAAGUCCACAUGGUAGUUAUCAGUUCUGCUGUUAUCAGAGCUGCUGUUGAAUACACAUACUAACUGCUCUCUGUUCCCCACAGGCUGGGUGGGGGAGCAGGAUGAGUACUCUCUGCACGGCGGCUGUGUGGUCACCCGCGGGACUAAGUGGGUGGCCAAUAACUGGAUCAACAUCGACCCAGACUACCAGCGCCAGGCUCGCUACCAGCAGCUGGUGUCACAGCAGAGGGAAGAGGGGGAGGGGGAGCAGCACAGCCCUGAACAACUACAAACUGAUGACUCCCAUCAGGAACUG